GUCCCGGCUGACGUCAUAUCCGUAGCAACCGCAGGUGCCGAGCUACCGAAGCGUUGCAGAACAGUCCCGUUUUACUCAUUUUAAUCAUUAAAGACUUAGCAAGCAGCCAUGGCCAGUCAAACGAUGGACAUCUUGGCGAAAGUUGUGGAACAGACGACCAAAGUGAUGGAGGAGGAGUUGAAUAAUCAGCUGAGCAAACUGAAUGAAAUGGAUGAAGAUGACUUUGAGAGGCUGAAGGAGAAACGAUUAGAGGCGCUCAAAAAAGCUCAGAAACAGAAGCAGGACUGGCUGUCUAAAGGACACGGCGAGUACCGAGAAAUCCCCAGUGAGAGAGAGUUUUUCACUGAGGUGAAGGAGAGCACAAAAGUUGUCUGUCACUUCUACAGGAAUUCAACCUUCAGGUGCAAGAUCGUCGACAAACACUUGGCCCUCUUGGCGAAGAAGCACGUUGAGACCAAAUUCCUCAAGCUGAACGUGGAAAAGGCGCCGUUUCUGUCGGAGAGGCUGCGCAUCAAAGUGAUCCCCACGCUGGCGUUGCUCAUAGACGGGAAAACCAAGGAUUACGUCGUGGGGUUCAACGAUCUCGGCAACACGGACGACUUUUCCACAGAGAUGCUGGAGUGGAGACUCGGGUGUGCCGACGUCAUCAACUACAGUGGGAACCUGAUGGAGCCUCCGGCGGCCAAUAAGAAACCGGGCUCCAAGUUCACGAAGGUGGAGAAGAAAACGAUCCGAGGCCGAGGCUACGACUCCGACUCGGACUCUGGGGACGAGUGAAAACCGGGCCGGCGGGUUUCCCCCCGGGGCUACCUCACUCAUCACUCUCUCGGACAGCCCGCGUUCAUUUGUACUUUCUCAUUCUGCUUGAUCACAUACUUUAUAAAAUAUUCAAUUGUAUGUUUUUAGCCUAAUUUAAGUUAAGUUUCUACAGUCGGAUUAAGAGAAGUUGGAUUAUUUCUUUGUUCAAAUGUUCUUUUUUUUUCUUUAUUAUUUUGCAUACCUUGGGUAUGAAAUGUGCAGAUUAAUUGAUCAUCGUGGUGCCAAUUUACCAGUAGCUCAAUUAUUUGUCAGCUGUGAUUUU